UCACAAAAAAAAGAAAAGAAAAGAAAAGAAAAUCAUCGCUCUCUUUGGGAGAAGAGAAAAGAAGAAAAAACAGAGAUCCGGCAAGCCAGGAGGCGAAUGUCGGAGAUGGUGGCGGAAAUCCGGUGGCCGCUGGUGGCGGCGGCGGAGAAGGAAAUACUGGAGAGGGUUACGGUGGACGAGAUGCUGCAGAAGCACUGCGGGGAGUUUGGGCGUUGGCAACUAAAGCACUUUGUUCUGACGAGCCUGGCCUGGGCGCUUGAGGCGUUUCAUACUAUGGUUAUGAUUUUCGCCGACCGGGAACCGGAAUGGACCUGCGUUGGAUCCGGUUCGGGUUGUGAUCCGGCGAAGGGCGGCGUUUGCGGCCUGGAACCUGGGACGUGGCGGUGGAGCGGGGCGGCGGGGAUAUCGACAGUGUCUCAAUGGGGAUUGAUUUGCGGUGAUAAGUAUAAGGUUGGAUUGGUUCAGGCCUUGUUUUUUGGCGGCUGUAUGAUUGGUGCUGGAGUUUUUGGGCACCUUUCAGACUCAAAAUUGGGAAGAAAAGGAUCUCUCACGGUAGUAUGCAUUCUAAACGCCAUUUUUGGAACUGCAACUGCUUUUUCUCCCAAUUACUAUAUCUAUACUCUCCUCCGUUUCCUUACCGGCUUCAGCACCGGUGGCGUCGGCCUCUGUGCCUUCGUCCUCGCCACCGAGCCCAUCGGCCCCACCAAGCGUGGCAUCGCUGGAAUGUCCACCUUCUACUUCUUCUCCUCCGGUAUCGCCGCCCUCUCCGCCAUUGCCUACGUCUUCAAAUCAUGGCGCCACCUCUACAUUGCCUCCUCUCUUCCUUCCUUCUUCUUCACCUUCCUCGUCCUCCCUUUCCUCUCUGAAUCCCCUCGGUGGUUCCUCGUCCACGGCAAGAUCACCGAGGCCACCAAUCUAAUGGCUACUAUCGCCAAAGUCAAUGGUAACCACCUCCCCGACGGAGUCUUUCUCGCUCUCGACGAAGAUGCCAAACAUGGCGAAAUCCAACAAUCCACCCAGUCGGGAUCACUCCUCGACGUGAUCCGCUCGCCCAUUACUCGAAUACGGUUGAUUCUAGCCGUGGCUAUUAAUUUCAUGUGCGCCGUCGUGUACUACGGGUUGAGUUUGAACGUGGUGAAUCUCGACACGAAUAUUUACAUGAACGUAGCGGCGAAUGCGGUUGCGGAAAUGCCGGCUUUCUUGAUCACGGCGGUGUUGUUGGACGUGUGUGGGAGGAAGCCGUUGGCAAUAGGGACGCUUUGGUUCAGUGGGGUGUUUUGUUUGGCUGGGAGUUUGAUGAAGGGAGUGGGGAUGUUGAAGGUCAUCAGGAUGGUGUGUGGAGUGUUGGGGAUAUUUGGGAUGGCAGGGACUUAUAAUCUGUUGUACAUUUACACGGCCGAGCUGUUUCCGACCGUGGUGAGGAAUGCCGCAUUGGGGAGUGCGACGCAGGCAUCGCAGAUGGGGGCGAUAUUGGCGCCGUUUGUGGUGGUGAUGGGCGGAGGGCUGCCGUUUGCGGUGUUUGCGGGGUGUGGGAUUGUGGGAGGGGCUUUGGCGUUUUACUUGCCGGAGACUUUGAAUAAGCCUUUGUAUGAUACAAUGGGAGGAAUGGAAGAUGGGGAAAGAGCUUGUAACUUUUGAAGAUUGGGAAAUGUUGUUGUGACUUGUGAGCUUGUUUGCUACAGUUUUUGUUUUGUUUAUUAAAGUUCUAGACACAAUUUUGUUGAUUUUGGUAAUCGAUAGACAAAAGCAGGAUGUAAUUGCAUUACAAAUACAAGGCUUCUCAUUAGUUCUCAUUUAGGGGCACUAUUGUGUAGCAACCAAAAUAAUAUAAAAUUUCUAUUUUAAGUAUA